AGAAGACGAAGUAGAAGAAGAAGCGUCAUCGAGCAGCUGCGUGUAAAUAUUUAUGUUCAUUAGGGGGGAAAAACCUCGUUCUCCAGACAACAGUCAGCGCUACGUGCCAGGAGUCGCCGAUGGAAACCACCACCGUUGAGGAAACUACCUGCUUCUGAGUUGGAGACACACACGGCUAUUGGACGAGACGGUGAUGGAGUUCCCCCAGCACUCCCAGCAGCUGUUAGCCGCCCUCCGUUCCCAGCGCAAGCGAGGCUUCCUCUGCGACUGCACCGUUCAAGUGGGCUCAUCCCGGUUCCUCGCUCAUCGUGCCAUUCUGGCCGCCUCCUCGCCUUUCUUCACCAUGUUCUACUCCGACUCACCGGGAGGGAGUGGUGAAAGCGGGUCCAGCAACAGCUGUGUGACACUGGACAGUGACAUUGUCACGGCUGCUGCCUUUGGUCUUCUCUUAGACUUCGUCUAUGAGGGCGUGCUGCAGCUAGACACCUCUCUGCCGGUGGAGGAUGUGUUGGCAGCAGCCAGUUUCCUGCACAUGAAUGAGGUGGUGCGGGUGUGUAAGAGACGUCUGAAGAAACUAGGGCCUUUGGCCGAAGCAGACAGCACUCGCUCCGAAGAGAGCAAUGGAGUGCAAAAUCUAGCAGAAGCAGGGCGAGAGCAUGAGAGUGACAGUGGACUUGAGGCUGGGGUUGAUGCAGCGGCAGAAUGCUCGAACAUGGUCACUAUAGCAGCACCGCCAUCGUCGGUAUCCAUAGCAACAGAGAGAGGUCAUUUGGAUUCUAUAAAAGCUGAGAACAGGGUAGAUGUGGGUUUGGCACGGACACAGACACACAUCCCUCUCAGCCCCGACCUUGCUGAUACGACACAGCCAGGAGUGGAUGCCCCUCCCCUACCUCCAGCAGGGGAACUUGGGCUCGCCUCAGGACUCCCUACUCCUGCCUCAUGUGGUGAUGUCAGGGUAGGGCUUGUGUGUCAUGGAGAGGGGCCAAUGCUCUGUAGUCCCUGCAGCACCACUGAGACACACAGCAUCAACCAGCAGCCUUCCUCCUCUUCCAGCGUGGUCCCAGUACGCCAGGCCAGCGGGCAAACAGUGAUACCCCUGCCCCAGUCAGAAUCCAGCCACUCUCCAAGCCCCCAUCAGGACGAACCCCAACUGCCCCAGUACAACACCCCUGUUAGGAUACUGUUGGAGACUGACCACAGUCCUGCACUGGGCAAACUGCAACAGAUGCAUACAUUAACCAACGCACAUGCAGUGGCCUCCCAUGCCCAGUCGGUACACUCGCCAACAAACCCAGCACUCUCGCCACUUCAGCAUACAUAUCCGCAGAUCCGAAUCCAUAACUCCAUAUUACUCCAACACGGAAGCUCAGGCCUCCUCACGACUCCACAGGCCCAAGUCACAAGCAAUGCCCCGACAGGGCUUGAGGUAGAGACAGGCGAUUCAGGGGAAAGAGUAUUGUCCCCAAGCAUAAGGAACAGGAGCUCUGAACCCAUGACCCCAGGCAGAGCAAGGGUGGAAGAGGAGAUGAUGGAUAGGGCAGUGAAAGUGAAGGAGGAGGCCAUCGUAAUAUCAGAUGAAGACCAAGAAGAAGAGGUGGAGAGCUGGAAAGACCGGGGUCUGGUGAUGGAGGUAGACGAUGAGUUUGAUGAUGACAUCCAGCGAGAGGAGCUGACUAGCUCCCAUUCUCUUCCCUCCAACCCUCACAGCUUGCCACAAAUGAUUCACCAUUCCCAUGAACUUCUUCCAUCCUCCUUCCUUCUCUCUUCCUCUCCCUGUGGUGGCCUUACUCCCUUAUCCCUCCCUCCUCCUGCGACCCAGCAGCGUUCUGAAAACCCCCCUUACUUCCAGGACUUUCAGGACACCAUGGGUAAUUUCGUGGAAGACGUUCCCACGUGUGGGGAGUGCGGAAAGACUUUCUCAUGCGCGUACACUCUCCGGCGGCAUGCCAUCGUACAUACGCGGGAGCGCCCAUACGUCUGCCGCUAUUGCUAUCGGAGCUACACCCAGUCAGGUGACCUGUACCGGCACAUACGCAAGGCUCACAACCACCGGCAGCCUACCAAACUUAUCACUGGGGACCUAGAGCUCCUCCUGCCUCACAAAUCCCCACCACCUCCGCCGCCUCUCAGCUGACCCACAUCCAAACUAUUUGUUGUGAGAGGUGGUUCUCCACGUUAGUCAUUUGUUUUCAGCAACAAAUAUGUGUUGGCCUCAUUUUCACUCGUGUCCCUUCUUUUACUGUCAUGAAUUUGUAGUGUGCUUAGGAAGUGAUCAGAAGCGGUUCUGGCUGAGGGUUUUGUCAUUUUUCAGGAAAUUAUCUUUAAAAGUUGUGUAGAAGUGUAAAUACAUAUGUGUCUGUGUAAUUCUAGCAUUUUACAUCAGAUAUAGGAUGGAAAAAGCUAUUGUGUGUCAUUGGUCAGCCUUAUUUAUCCCUCUACUGCCUUCAUGAUUUUUUUAUGUACACCUCUUGUCUGUCACAAGAUCUGUACUGGUCUUUAUGCAUGCCCAAUAAUCCAGGUGAGGAAGUCACAGAAAGUUGAAUCAGUUCAUCUGGACACUUGGACAUCUGUUGUGUCCAGAUGAACUGAUUCAACUUUCUGUGAAGAUCUUUACUUGUAAAUGCAUUACCAUAUAUUAACUGCAAUUUGAAGGAGAAAACUGUAGGUGUAAUUUACUUUGGCAGCUUUUUCAGUUUGGGGUAUUAAUUAUUAUGAUCCUGUGUACACCUGCACUAGGGUUCUUUCCUGUUUGUGGAAGUUGCCAAUCCCUCAAAUGAAAAGAAACAUUGGAGCUGUACCAGAACCCCUCUGUGGUUAUUCUCAUGCACAUGUAAAGUAUUUUGCUUUCUGUGCAAGGCUUAAAGGUACUAUCAGUAAAAAUGUGUACUUCAUCGUGGCAAAAAAUUGCCAGGUUCUGGCCUUCAAAUCCUGUAUUCCGGCCCAGAAUUUGUU